UGCCCAAAAUACCAUAACAUUUACAGGCGUUAGUCCCAAAUAAGGUAGUAGAACAUUACGUUUGCUAACUGGUAACACUAGCGAAAUAACGAAUAAAGAAGUAAAACUGGCUCGCGAUGCGUGCGGCAUAAAAGUCGUCACCCCCCGCAACCCCCGACCCCGAGUGCCAGCCACACACACACCGAACCCGAACACUCCGGCGUCGCAGACGAAGUCGCCCCGAAAAAGAAUACGGUUCUUCAAUAUUAAUUAGGCAAGGGCCAGAGACCAGAACCCAGAGACAAAAACAAAAGAGCAGAACCAGCGGAGGAAAACAACACACCUCGGCGCCUCACAGAGGGGGGAAAAAAAAUAACAAUUGAAUAAAAAUCAAUAGAGCGGCACGGUCGGAGGCGAUAAAAAGCGUUAUCAGUGUUGAAUUCAAUUGCCGCCUGCCUGUGUUCCGAGCCACGCAGAUAAGUGGGAGAGCGGCGCUAGGGCGAGGAGCAGGAGGAGGAGGAGGUGGCGUCGGGAAGCGAUCCGAUCGCAGCCAUCCGAAUCCGCAUCCGGCACAAUGUCCGUGCAGCAGUUCUGCCUGCGCUGGAACAACCACCAGCCCAACUUCAUCUCGGUCUGUUCGUCGCUGCUGCACAAUGGUACUCUGGUGGACGUUACCCUGGCAGCCGAGGGACGCCAGCUGCAGGCGCACAAGAUUGUUCUAUCCGCCUGCAGUUCGUACUUUCAGGCACUGUUCACGACGAAUCCGUGCCAACAUCCCAUCGUCAUACUAAAGGACGUGCAAUACGAUGACCUCAAGACCAUGGUCGACUUCAUGUACUACGGCGAGGUCAAUGUGUCGCAGGAACAGCUGCCGCACAUCCUCAAGACCGCCGAGAUGCUCAAAAUCAAGGGCCUGGCGGAGAUGCCAACGGACCCGGCCAAUCUCACCAAGUCCGACAGCAAGUCCUCCAGCGAUGGAACCGAACUGGUGGGCGGCGGGUCGGGAGUGGGAGCCGGCCCGGGUACCUCGGCGGGCAGCUUGGGUGCUGCGAGCGGUAGCAGUGUGGGUGAAUCGCUGUGGAGCAGUAGCGAAGCGCAGCAGUUCCAGCAGCAGCAGCAACAACAGCAGCAGGCCCAACAGCAGCAGCAACAGCAACACCACCACCACCAGCAACAACAACAGCUCCAGCAGCAGCAGCAGCAACAGGCGCAGCAGCAGCAGCAACAGCAGCACCAUCACCACCACCAGCAACAGGCACAGACGGCGCAGGCUCACCACCACCAGAUGCGGCGGACACCGUCGCCCCUGAGUGCCGGCACCUCGCCAGCCACGCGGCGCAAGCGAUUGCGGAAAUCCUCGAAUAACGGCUCUGGCGAACGAAACAACGUGGCGGAGGAGCACAACAGCUCGUUGGAGGCUGGCCCUGGAAACACUGGCUUGAGUCUCGCCCAGAUGAGUCAGAUGUCGUUUGGCGCUGGCGGCGGCCUGGCCGGGCACUCACUGCACGCCGCCAAGCUGCUGAAGGAAUCGGCGGCCGCCGAACUGGAGCAACAACCGCAGGACUCUGAUCUGGACGACGGACACGGACACAUUCACAUGCAAAUUAAGCCCGAGGUGGACAUUGGAGGAGUUAACCAAGCGAUGCCCCUGGACAUCUCUGGAGCCACCACUCCGUCGGAGCACGACGCGCCAAACUCUCAGUCCUCGCACUCGGGUCUGCAAUGGACGGUUGUCGAUUCCAACUAUCCGCGCUUUUCCUUGCCCACCUGCCAGUCCAAUCUUCUAGGCAAUGGUGGCGGCGGCGGCGGCUCCGGCAGCCAGAGCAGUGGGGCAAAUAGCGCGAAUAGCGAUCAGCGCCAGCAGCAGCACGAAGCCCAGCAACAGGCGGCGGCCAACCAACAGCAGCAGCAACAGCACCUGCAGCAGCUGCACUACCAGCAGCAGCAGCAACAGCAACAACAGCAGCAGCAGGAGCAGGCCUCCGCCUCGGCCACCGCCGGACAGGCGUACUCCUCGCAAAUCAUCACAGUGAAUAACUUGGUCAGCGGUUAUGCGACGGCGGCGCAGAACCUCUCGCCCACAUCUCCCAACGAAUCCAAUAUGGUGCAAUCGGUCUACAGCCAGGGUCCCACGCCCACCCAAUCGCCCGUGCACGCGGGCACCGGGGGCAGCGGGGGUAACGGAAAUGCCACCGGAAACGGCGGUACAGCCGGAACGGCCAGCCAGGUGGUGAAGCGAAAGCGUUCGGUCAAUCCUCAGGGCGAUGAGAACUUUAUCCGAGCUCUGGAAGCUGUGCGCACGGGAGGAAUAGGCUUCUGCAAGGCGGCACGCUUGUACGGAGUGAACAACCGCACCCUGUGGCUGGAGUACAAGAAGCGGGGCUAUCCCGUUUCCCGGCCGAGCAUCAAGGCGCGCGUGGUGAAGCAGGAGCCGAACCUGUCGCCAUCGCCCACACCCUCCACGAACCCGGGUGACGACAACACCAACGAGACGCUCAGCAUGCAGAUUCCUCCCCAAGCGGAGACACCGACGCCCUCGCUAAUGUGCACGCCGCAUCACACGGGCAUUGGGAGUGCGGCUGGCAGUCUGCCGGGCAGCGGAAACUCCCAUCCGGCCAUCGGUGUGAUGAGCCUGUUCGACCCGCGGUACAUGGACUCACCCGGCAAUGUGCACUCGAUGACGCGGCAACGGUACAUCGACAGCGGAGCUGGGGCUGGGGCGGGGGGUGCGGCCACCGGAGCGGGAACCGGCACCAUCAAUGUGAACCCUAGCACCGCCAUGAAUCUGCAGAGUAUUAACUUCAACUCGAUAUAGAAUACGAUUUCGAGCCAGGUGGCGGGGGGGAAUACCACCACUCUGCUGCAGGCAGCCGCCAGGAGCCAGGAACCAGGAGCCCUGAGCAUAUCAGCCAUGCCCGUCUCUGUGCCCGUGCCGGUGCCGGUGCCGAUGGGCAUGGCCCACAGCUUCCUGAUCAAUAACUUCGUGACAGUGACGGCUCCACCCGUGCAAUACCUGGAUAAGUAGAAAUAGGAAUAGAGCCGGAAAACAGACGUGAAACGUGGACACGGAACCUCAGAAUCGAACGAUACAGGUAUUACAGAGCAACGGCAACAAUCUAGUGUAUAUAGCGGAUGGACGACCGCAAGGAGGUGGUGCAGAGCUGGUCGCGUCCUGCGCUAAGCUGAGCUAAGCGUCGCAGGAUCAGGAGAUUUACACAAAAGGAAUGAUGGACUUCCCCUGCCCCUGCCCCUGCCCCUGCCCCUGCCGCACUUGUAAUAACUUCAAUUCCUUAAUCUUAAUGUUUUGAACCCUUACAUUUUUACGAUUGUUAACUAAGCAAAAUCGGUAGUGCAGAUACGAUAUAUAUAUAUAUAUAUAUAUUUGAGUAUAAUGUGUAACUUUAGCUAUAUUUCAUGUAAAAGAUUAUUGUAUUUGUAUAUAAAUAAUAGAAUUUUAUUAGGCUUAAAAUCUAAAAUCCGAACAUUUAAUGAUUGUACACAAAAACUACUGGUAUCAAAAAAAAAAAAAACAAAAAACGUAUAAAAUAGAAAAGAAAAAAAAUGGAUAAAAAUGUGGUGCUGUGUGCCAGCAGCUGAUCAAACCUUCCGGAAUUAGAGUAUUCCACGAGUAUGCCACUCUUUUUGUAAUUUGAACAAGCAAUGGACGAAACCAAAAACCAAAAAUUGUAAUUUUAAUUGUAAUUGUAAAUGUUAAGAACGAAUGAGAUUUAUCGGCAACCGUUUGGCUUGGUUUUAGCAAUUUUUCAACGAGAUUUUAAAUGAUUUAAAUGAACGAAGUCCGAGGGUUUGCUAGGUUCUGGCGCAUCAGAAAUAGAUCGAUCAUCUCUUCCACUUGUGUUACAAUAGAAAAAAUAUCAGUAUGUCGGUGGCUCGCCCAUCCAAAUUAUAUACAAAACAGGCAGGCAUAUAUAUUUAUAUGUAUGUAGCUUAAUUAAAUUAAGUGAUGUCGGUGAUGCAGAUCCAUUUUUAUUUAAAGCAUAAGCGUACUCUGCGUUAGCAAACCCCCCGACUUCAGGCCGAAUAAUGUCGCGAGCAGAUCCGCGGUUCUAUAUAGUCUAUAUGGAUAUCGGAUAUGUAUGAUGAAUAUGUACCAACCAAUAUACGUGUAUAUAUAUUUAUAUAUUUGUGAAUGUAAUAACCAACUUUUUCAUUUUCUCGAUCAGUUCUUCGUACACCCGAAGGGGCAAGUGAUUUGAUAGCUCUAGGUUUUAGAACCGGACUUUGACAUAUCUGAGUGGUGGUGUUGGGGUGUAUGUGUAUAUUUUUGGGGUAUGUUUAAUGUUCUUAGUUUCGGAAAUGAUUUCUUUGUACAUAGGGGGGAGUGUACAUAAAUUGGGGAAGCGAUGGAGCCACAGAUACAGAUUACAGAUUACAGAUCAGAUACAGAAACUUGAAGAACUCGUAACCACCCAAAUCCUAAAUGGAGACUGCAGCUAAAGGCGAAAAUAGAAACGGAAGCAAAAAACGAAUUAAAAAUUUAAAAAUAUGAAUGGGAAACUCAUUAACGAUUUCCGGUUUAUCCGGAUAUGAUAACGAUUACGAAUAGAGUUUUUAAUACAUAUUGUAACUAAUAGAGAUCUUUUUAUAUUGUGUCAAGGCAUACUAAGAACUAAGCGUGAUUUGUUAGAAGUCAUAGAGUAACGUAAACUUUGAUAAUGGACUUUUAUUAUGAGAACACCGACACACCCCCAGAAACGAACUCGAAGGAUUAUCGAUCCAGCGAUCCUAGAUGCCCUCACCCCGAACAAGAUAUAGACACAAAUCAGAAGAUACAACGCGAAAAUAGCCGAAACAAUAAGCGAAUAUUACUAACUCUGUUUCCUAAAAUUGCAAAGUACCAAUAACUACGCUAGUUAUGUGUGUUAAAUAUAUAUAUAAAUUAUUUAAAUCAGCGAGAGUGCAUAAAUCGAACCGAUUGUAUUAUAAGUUGCAUAAACCAUACCAAGUAACGCGAGCCCCGAAAAUCGAAGAACAAAACAAGAGUAUCGCGAAGGAACAAACAUUCUAGACUGUAGUCGAUGUGCAAGAAACGAAUAAACUUUCAAACCUAAAGCAUA